CGCAUCUCGUCUGAACAAAAUCUGAGAAUCUUCAUCGAUCGCGAAAUAAACACACUGGUCAACAAAAUCUGAUUUCAGCAAUAAUUAGGAAUGGAAUCAGAGUUAAUAUUUCAUGAAGGUGGAUGUCAUUGUGGGAAAAUCAAAUGGAGAGUUAAAGCAGCAAGAAGUGUGAUUGCUUGGAGCUGCAACUGCUCAGAUUGUUCAAUGAGAGGCAAUGUUCACUUUAUUGUUCCUUCAAGCAACUUUGAGCUUCUUGAUGACUCAAAGGACUUCAUUACUACUUACACUUUUGGGACUCACACGGCCAAACAUACCUUCUGCAAGGUUUGUGGGAUCACAUCGUUUUAUAUCCCGAGGUCUAACCCUGAUGGAGUCGCUGUCACAGUUAAGUGUGUCAAGUCGGGGACACUGGCUCACAUCGAGGUCAAAAGCUAUGAUGGUCAGAACUGGGAAAUGUCGCACAAAAAGACUGGUAUUGCCUCGUUUUCCAAGGAGUGAUAUGACAAGAUCAACUCAAGAUGGUAAUGGCUAAGAAAGGAAAAAAAAGAAGAAGAUUCUGAAGCAGUCAUAGAUAUCUCACCUUUAGAAUCACAGGGAGAAACAAUUUGGAAAUAAGAAAGCUUUUCCUGCCUAAACCCAUUUGAGAAUAAUGCUCAGGGUUUUGAGUCUUUAAGUCUUGUUCAAAUCUACACCUGCAGAUACCUGUGUUGAUGAUAAGUUUUUAUGAUAUCAUUUCUUCUUGUUA